UACGCGUGCGUGCGUGCGUGUGUGUGUGUGUGUGAGAGCCAAGAUGUAUUAGAUCGUCAUUCCCUCGCCACGCAAAUGACUCAACUGUCGUUCAGCUUCUCACCUGAACCCGCGGAACGGGGCGUCUCACUUUAACAGAGCCUCGGGUAAAAUGACACCGGGUGACGCCCUGAAACAAAGCAUAGCAACUUUACACAGUCCUGGCGCACUGCACUGGGACCGCGCACCUGGUCUGUCCCAUUACACACACAGGCGGACGACAAUAAGUAACCGAUACCGGAGAAGUUAUGCCCUCAAAACAGGGGGAGACGACCAGCCGUCGUUGACCGACACCGGAAGGAUCCGAGAUGGGGGACGAGGGUUGUUUCAAGUCCGUUCUCCCCCCUCAGGUCCUGGACGACAGCAGUCUGGCCCUGCCUGCCGAGCACAGCAUCCUGAGCCCGGCCAGGUUCCACUCCGUCGACCGGAGCGUCCGGGUCCAGCAGCAGGUCCAGCUCACCCUGGCCCGCAAGGGGAAGAAGUCCGCCUCCAACGGUAGCGUCCAUCAUGCCCAAAGGAGUCUGUCCUGGAGCUCAGACUACAGAGACGGACCGUCGCACAACAGCACGCUGAGGAGCGGCUCCGCUUUCAGCCCGCCCCCGACGGCGUCCUGCCGGUCACUGCGCCGGCCCUCUCGGAGGGUGGAGGUGUCUCCGGCCCCCAGCCCGGUGCUGCCCUGCCCCCCCCUGCGCUACGGGUCCGCCGGCCGGAGCCUGGGGACCUACACCAUCCCGGGGCCCGGGGCCCCCCCCAAGAUGGCGCCCCUGCCGGAGCGGCCGUACGGCUCGGUGCCGCACAAGCGCUACGCCUUCUCCGAGGUCCCGCACGCCACGCGGCUCCACGGCGCCACCUACAGCGCCCGGCGCAGCCCCGCUCACCCCGGGCCCCGGGGCCCCGCCCGUGCGGCCCCGCCCCCCCGCAGGGCGGCGGCGGGGGGGGGCGGGCUGUUCCAGAGCCCCGCCCCUUUGGAGACCGGCACGGCAGAGAGGAGCAGGGUGACCCUCCCCGGGGCGACCCUGGAGCGGGAGGGGGAGCAGCAGGGGGAGGAGCAGGGGGAGGGGCAGGGGGAGGAGCCCGAGGAGCAGGGGGUGGGGCUGAGCUGGCUGAUCAAGGCCAGGAGGGAGCUGUGCUUCGAGGGUCUGGACGCCGCGUCGGCCGUCAGCAUGGAGCUGGACGCCCCCAGGGGGGCGGAGCCCGAGUCGCCCGUCCAGUGGGCCAGCGGCCGGGCUCAGAAGUGGGCGGUGAAGCCCCCCGAACUGACUCUGGAGCGGGCGGUGGCCGCGCUGACGCAGGACAGCGAGGACGCCCUGGUGACCGCCGCCAGCUUCAUCCAGAAGCAGUGCUUCAGCAGCGCCGACGCCAGGAAGAUGGUGUUCUACCUCCACGGGAUCCCCAAGCUGCUGCAGCUGCUGCCCAGCGACAGCGAGGAGGUGCAGCGGGCCGCGGCCGGCGCCCUGCGGAACCUCGUCUUCCAGAGCGACGAGAACAAGAUGGAGGUGAAGGAGAGCGAGGGCGUGGCCCUCAUCCUGCGGGCGCUGCGGAGCUGCCGCGACGUGGAGGCCCGUCGCCAGCUCACCGGUCUCCUGUGGAACCUCUCGUCCCACGACGUGAUCAAGGAGCACCUGUCCCAGGACGGCUUCUCGGUCCUCACCUCCAAGGUUCUGGUGCCGUGCUCCGGGCUGUCUGAGGGCGAGAACCCCAAAGACGAGCUGCUGGCCGACGCCGACACCUUCCACAACGCCACCGGGUGUCUGCGCAACCUGAGCUCGGCCGGCCCGGACUGCAGGAAGGCCAUGAGGGACUGUGAGGACCUCAUCGACGCCCUGGUCUACUACAUCCGCGGCACCAUCGCCGACUACCAGCCCGACGACAAGGCCACAGAGAACUGUGUGUGCGUUCUCCACAACCUGUCGUAUGCGAUCGAGUCGGAGAUUCCUCCGAGGUUCUUCAGGGACCUGUCGGAGGCCCCGCCCCCCCCCUCCUCCACCUGGUCCCCGGGCUGCUUCGCCCACCGGCCCCCCAAGAACACCACGGACCUGGAGCGACAGCGCCCCCUGCUGGAGGAGAAGGCGAACCCGCACGGCAUCGAGUGGUUGUGGAGCGCCAUCACGGUGCGCAUGUACCUGUCUCUGAUGGCGCGCAGCGGCAGCAACUUCACCCAGGAGGCGGCGCUGGGGGCGCUGCAGAACAUCACGGCCGGACAGGGCAUGCUGACGGAGGCUAUCUGCUACACGGUGGUGCUGCGGGAGAACGGCCUCCAGCAGGUCCGCCGGAUGCUGCAGGAGGGAGACCGCUCCGUGAGGCGCACGGCCGUGGCCCUCGUCAAGAACCUCUCCCGCUACCGCGAGCUGCACGCCCCCAUCGUGAAGCAGGUGCUGCCCGAGCUGGUGGGCAUGCUGCCCCACUCGGACCAGGGGACGGAGGUCCCCACGGAGCUCACCGUCUGCCUCUGUCAGAUCCUCACCAACUUCACCAAGAACGACACCAGCAGCGUCAAGGCCAUCGUGAACCAGGGCGCCCUGCCCAAGGUCAUCAACAUCAGCACCAAGGACAACGGCUUCGGUCCGACGCGGGCCGGGCAAGCUGCCUGUCUGCUGCUGCACACCAUGUGGAGACACAGCGAGCUCCACGGGGCCUACCGGAAGGCUGGGUAUAGGAAGAUUGACUUUGUCAACAGCAGGACCACGAAAGCUGUGAACUCUUUGCAAGACUAAACCGUAGAAUCACGAACCCAGCGCUGGCUGCAGGAAAACAUUUGGUGCGGUGAUUCAGAACAUUUCGUGUAGAUUCUAUGUUAAAUAAAAUCAAUGAUCUGUUGUUCUAAGUUUUCAGAUUGAUUGUUUUGCAGAUAGUUUGUUUAGUAGAAUACUUAAAAUAGCCCUUUUAAGCAUUCCGUUUUAUCUACUGGUUUUUUUUAACAAAAGCACGUAUAAUGAUCGCAUCAACCCUCGGAAUGAUUGAAUGAAUGAAUGAAUGAAUGAAUGAAUGAAUGGAUGAAUGUGGAAGGUUUGAAGCAAUGUCAAUGAGGAAAAAAUUAUGUAAAAUUGAACAUAAUUUGAAGUUGAAUUUCCUUUACUUAUGUGUGUAUUGUUUGUUUUUACAAAUGUACCCCUUAGAGGGCAGCUUUGAGAACCAUAUGAUUAUAGUAGUUUUUAUGUACCAUCUGGUAUUCUUUUGUAUUUGUUUUUGUUUUGCACUGCUAUGCGAUUACUUUACGUUUCACCGUGUGGAUAAAUGUCACUUUGCAGGAAAUUGUUCUGGAAACAUCCAUUUAUUUUGUGAACUGACAUUGAAUUGACAUUUUAUUGGGAUUUCAAUGUGUUACUAAUUCAAACGUCACUAACACACUUGGUAUAUAAUCCAUCAAUACAUAUAUAGUUGUCAUGAA